AUGGUACCGCCACCUACUUCGUCGCGCGGGUCGUCUUCCGCCACGAGCUCUUGCGCAGGCAUCCCUGCAUCAACCCAGCAGACCGAUCCUUCUACCGCUGCGCCUGUCGAUUCUCCCCUCGGAACCGCCACUGAUACGACUGCGACGGAAGGUGCAUCGACUCAACCUGCGACCCAGACACAAGCUGCAUUGCAUCCUUUCUUUCGACCAGGUGGACCUUCAACCACGUCAACCGAGGACGAGUCCGAUUCAGAACAGAAGCGACCCGGACGCUCGAGCCGCACCAGAGCCCCUGUCUCCUACCGCGAAGAUCUCAAAGCCGUCCUCCGUGCAGACAAAGCGCAAGAGUCAGCGCGGAUUAAGGAAGAAAAGCGACAAGCAAAGCUGGAGGCAAGGGACGCCAAAAAGGCGCAAAAGUCCAAGAAGACAAAGCCGGACGAGGCUUCUUCCGACAAGGGCAAAGAUGCGGACGACUUUGAGCUCGUCGAGACUCGCGUGGCGACGUCACCAUCAAAGCCAGCGGCGGGCAAAGGCGGCAGAGGCGAUGCAUCAAUAUCUCCCGCCGCCUCUUCGUCAUCGAAGGCCCAGCAGCCACCCAAACAUAUCGAGCCAAAACCGCUCAGUCUGGCCGUCAAAGGCACUGGCGCAGCCGCCACUGCCAACCCUCAUCCAUUUUUCGUCAAGAAAGCCAAGCAGCAGCCUGAAGCGCCAAUAGAGGUACCUGAUAGCUCGAGUCCGGCCCCAGAGCAUCCCGACGAAGCGCCGACACGGUCCCACGACACAAAGGGUAAAACAAAUGCCGCAGUGCCCAGCUCGACAUCUAGUAGCACCCCAGCAUCGUGGAGUCUGUUCUCUACUCAGAGGAUCUCUUCUGCAAAGCCAAAGAAGCCACUCAACGCACCCUGGCCAACGACGGAAGAUACGCAUGUCUCAGGAUGGACCCGCAACGAGAGCGAGGUUCUCUCCCGGGCUCGCUCGGAUCUGGCCGCUUUUCACUCUCGUUGGGCAUCAGGGGAAACAGCAGCCUCCUCGAGACAGAUCUAUGACGCACCGCUGCCUGACUUUGUCUGUCGUAUGAAUCGCACUCGACCACAACCCGCGCUAGAAGGCAUCUCCCUCACCGGCUCCGACGAGUUCAAGUCGACCGACGAUUUUAUCGGUCAGAUCGAGAUGAUGCACCUCUCCCAGCUGGCGGUCGCGUCCACCGUCGACCAGGCUGAAUCCUGCCGCAAGACAGGCCAGCUAUGGAACGACGCCUUUCGCCCGCACCUCUCUUGUGGCUGCCUCGGCAACGAAGGCAAUGCCAGCUACCUGCUCGACUGGCUGCGUCGGCUGCUCGUCGCAGCGCCUGGCUCGGUGAGGACCACAGACAGCAAGCGCAAGCACGGCAUUCAGCGUCGGGUCGAUCGCAAACGCAAGAAAAGAAGGAGGGGAUACAGCGACGACGAGGACAGUGACGAUAUGGCUAACUUCAUCGUCGAUGACGACGAGGAUGAUGUGGGCGAGUACGACGAUUCGAUUGCGGAUGACGAGGUCUUUGGCAAAUUUGGUCGGAUUGAUCGUCAGACGGUGCUCACCGACGAUGAAAGUGUCGAUCUCAAAUCGUCCCAAGGCACCGCUCCUGCAGGGCCAGCAUCGACUGCACAGCCACCCGCAUCCCAAUCGAGCAAGCACGCGGGCUUCGCAUCGCUCGACAAGCUCACCAACUGCAUGGUCCUCACCGGUCCCAGCGGCAGCGGCAAAACCGCUUCGGUCUACGCGUCCGCCUCGGAGCUCGGGUACGAGGUCUUCGAGCUGUACCCGGGCAUGGGUCGACGCAGCGGUCGAGACCUGCUCGCUGCCGUCGGUGACUUGGGACGCAACCACAUGGUCUCCUCCGGUGGCGUGGGAGGUGGUGCCACGUUCAAAAAGCCCGCCGCCGCUGCGCCGAGCGGCUCAUCGACGGUGCGCCAGUCGCUCAUCCUUAUCGAAGAGGCGGACAUCCUGUUUGACGAAGAUAAGGGGUUCUGGGCUGCAGUCAUCGAGCUGGUGGCAGAGAGCAAACGACCAGUUGUCAUCGUGUGCAACGAACUUGACCUUGUGCCGGUGCACGAUUUGCCCGUGCAGCAGAUCCUGCACUACGCCACGCCGCGAAUGGAGGAGGCGGUAGCGUGGGUGCAGACUGUAGCAUCGGAGAUGGGCCGCUUCCUGCCUGCGGACGAGGUGGAGGGUCUGCUGCUCCAGUUGCCCGGCACCGAAGUCGCUGUGGACCUGGAGGACGAGGCGCAAAUCGAUCUUCGCCAGGCGCUGAACCAGGUGCAGUUCGGGCACUUUGCAUGCGAUCCGCCGGUGUCGCACGCAGAUGCGCAGCAGCGGGACUUUCUGGAGACGCAAGCGGCGAAGGAGAUGGAGAUGCGGGCCGUGGCGCGCGCGGCAGAGUCGAGCAGUCUCGCUGAUGUGUUCGAGACUGGGCUGGGAAGGGGUGUACAGGCGGACGUGUUUGGCGAUGCGGGAAUGGAGACGUCAGCGACGUCGCGGCAGUGGGGGUCGUGGGUGCAGCUGGUGGCUCAACCGCUGGCGUGGCAUCAGCAGAGGCAGGCGCUCGCGGGCAGUGCAGAGAUCGAGUACAGGAGCACGCUGGCCGACAUCCACGAGCGUCUCGGGCUGGUAGGGCUGCCGUCGAUCAUGACUUGUGACGGCGUGCACGAGUACGGUGGGGUUCGAAUGACGGACGCUCUUCUCGAGCGAUUACAACACCGCGAGCGCUUGAACCUACGCACCCUCGUCCGUCCCCUUCUCAUCCACCGUCACUCGGCCUCUCAUCUUCCACCCUCGCUCAUCACCGACUAUGCGCCUCUGAUCCGCCUCAUGGCGCUGAUCGAUUCCGACCUGGCCGAGAUCCACGCCUCGCUCCAACAGGCGCACGCAGCGGACCCGACCAACGCACCCCUACCUUCGGGCAGGUCGACGCGCAACUCAUCCCGGGCGCUCACGUCGUGGCUCACCGGCAGCGGUGGGCAGGAGUACGGGUACGAGCGGUGGCUCGCCGCGCUUGGCCCGGGCGAAGUUUUGGCUGCUAAGAAGACGACAUUGGUGUUUUAA